AGCUUCCAGUGUUUUAAGGAUGUGUGUAUGGAAACAUCACCAGUCUUAUCUUGCAGUACAUUGGUAGUCUUGGUAGUGUAUACUCACAAGCUCCUAGACGGAAUGGAGGAUUCCAACAAGCAGGGGCUGCAUCAUAACAAGAUCAGUUCAUAUACCCCAUUGGACAUUAUGCAAGGUUGUCGGUGUGUCUGAGAAAUGGGAAAAGCUGAAUCAGGAUUUAAGUGUGUUAAGAUAACCAGUAUAUGCAGCAUGGAGAUCCCACCACAGCAUCUUGAAGGCUUCACUACAGUAUUUGGCAUGGCCCAAGCUGUUGGUGCACUGACGGUUAUCUUGGUGGCUGUUUGGGCUGGACAUUACCGUGGAGGCUUCACAUGGCGCUCUAAUCCGGACCAUGAGUUCAAUUGGCACCCUGUCCUUAUGACAUUUGGAAUGAUAUAUCUCUAUGCAAAUUCUAUUAUGAUUUAUCGAGCAUUUCGAAACAACCAAAAGCGCCGACUGAAGUUGGCACAUAUGCUGAUACACUUUACUACCUUCAUACUUGUUAUUAUUGGUCUUGUAGCAGUAUUUGACUCUCAUAACCUCAAGAAUCCACCUAUGCCAAACCUUUAUACAUUACACAGUUGGAUUGGACUUUCAGCUGUUAUCCUGUUUGCUUGUCAGUGGGUUUCUGGGUUCAUCACGUUCUUCUUCCCUGGCCUUCAGUCACCUCUGCGAGCAGCUUACAUGCCUGUACAUGUGUUCUUUGGCCUUGCAGGCUUCAUUGCAGCUGUGAUUGCUGCUCUUCUAGGCCUGACAGAGAAGGCUUUAUGGGUUUUACAAGAUGAGUACAGUAAACUACAUUCUGAGGGAAUCCUGAUAAACUGCAUUGGAGUGCUGCUGGUUGCAUUUGCUGGUCUUGUGAUGUACCUCGUGACUGAACCUAGGUUCAAGAGGCAACCUCUACCUGAGGACGAGAUGCUAUUAACAUCUGGUCUAGAAUAACAUCAUUCUCAGAUAAACCCAGAUAUGACAAAGCUAUGUGUCUAUAAAAGAAAUCAUAAUUCUGUUAUAUGUAUUUAUGGUGAUGCGUGUAAGUAUAAUGAAUACCAUAGUUAACAUCUGUUUUGCACAGUCAGAAUGAAGAACAAUUUCAAGUACAGGUAUGAACAGUAUACUGUGGAUUAUCCAGACUGAUUGAGGGGAGAGGGAACACAAAUGAUAAAGGAAAUGCUAAUAAUACAAAAUGAUCUUGUUUUCUUAAUAUAAAUUCAAUAGUAACACAGUUUACUGUCAUAACAGGGAGAACAUUGAGUCCAUACCCCCCACACUGAUUUUCCAAAUCCCCUAACAACUGGUUGUAGAUUGUGAGGGUGCAAUAGAACAUACUGGAUGAUACAUAUGAUGGAAAGUGAGAGAGUAAUGAAAACUUUCUUGUCAGUGUUUAUGUGUAAAGCUUUGUGCAUUUUUAUAAAUUUACAUUAAUUUCAGCAUAUAAUGUAAAUUACAUUAAAACAAUUCACAAGAUAAGCCACACAUUGAAUAAUCUGCAUACAUAUAGUUAUACAGUAUACAGUGUAUAGUAUACCUCUCCUCCAUGUUCACACUGUAUGUCAGAUUGUGGUGGCAAGUAUUAGUUGUCAACUGGACUUACUUCCAUUCAGGCACAUAAGAACACUACAAGAUUAGGAAGAUGCAAAUGUGUGGCAUUCUAAAUAUUCUUUAGACUAAAAUAAAUUAUACCAAAAUUUCUAAAAAAUGUCACUUUGAAUGAAAAGUGUUUACAUUACAUAAUAUAUUUGUCUCAUUUCUCUGUGGUGAUGUGGGGGGAAUAAGAUAACAGUAAAAGUUAAAUUAUAUAUCAGUAUGCCUACAUAACACUUUAAUAUUUUGUAAAAAGGGGGUUCUUACUAGUUUAUCAGGAGUUUGUUUUUCUGAGAUUUUUAAUUAAUAGUCAAAAUCAUUUGUCCAUACUCUUGACAGAUAUUUUACUAGGAAGAGAACCUCAUUAAUUAAACACUGAGUUAAUACUUCUAUGUUGUAUAUAAUCACAUGACAUUUUAGGAAUUUCUAAAUCAUAUUUCAAUCCUAGUGGCAAUGAUAUUUUUUUGUACUUUUACUUUGAUUGAAAUGAACAAAUAAAAUAAAGUUACUUGUGGUUUCCCUCUAAAUAUGUUCCAAUCAGUAUACUAAGACAGUAGUACCAUUUGCUAAUUACUGUGACCAAAUGCAUUGUUGAAUGGCAUGUACAGAGAAGGCUUUUCAUGUAGGAAAACAGUGUCUUCUGCUAAUGGCAACUGAACUAGCAAUGAUCUGUGUAAGCUCACAUUUUAUCUCCUAGUUGCAGCAGAAUACAGUAAUGUUUUCUUAACAUAACGCUGAAAACUGACUGCAGAAUUCAGAACUGUUUCAAGUAAUUCUGAUAUCAGGAAUAAGUUCACACAGUAUUAAAUUGUCUAACUGUAUGCAGAGAAACUUCUUAAAUUAUAUUAUAUUGAUAAAGGUAAGGGUGCUGUUUCUUUUUAGGUUAACAUGUACAAAAGUCAGCAUAUUUAAUUAAUUAAGCUACAUUUAUAUUACAGAGUAAUAUGUAAUGCUGUGCCUCAUAUAAGGCUACAGAUUGAAUUAUUACAUUUGUGAUGAUUGUGAAAAUUAUGAACUGUUUUGUUUUUUGAGGACUAAAACUUGAUCCAAAUGUGUCACAUAUGCACACAUAAAUUUCUAUCCUCAGGAUCAUAUAUGUGUGAUGACAGACUAGUAUAUUCUUCUCACUCUCUCAAAGGGGUGAAUAUAGCUAUGAUGAAAACAUAGUACCCAAUAUGGGGUCAUGUGUGAUAGAUCAGGCAACACUGACAAAAGGGAAUAUUUGCACACAAAGGUUAAAUGACUGAGAAAUGUACACUUCAUAUAACGCUUAUGUAUUGUAUUUUAAUGUAUUUCUGUUUCCCUCUUUUGUUGUAGCACUUCUAAAAAAUAUUAAUAAAUCCCUGUUUCUUGUCCAUUAAUUUUUUUUGAAAAUAAUUGUGUAACAGGCCUAAUUUGUAUACCAUAGCCAUGUAGUUCUUAAAACAAUAGUCUAUUUUUUAAGAUUAAAAUAAAGGAGUUGACUUAUAUCUCACACAGCAAUUAUAAUAAUUAGAUAUUUGUAAUAUUCUGUUCAAAUGUUUAUGGCAUUUCAUACUGACAAGAAACUUCCAAUGACCACAUAUAUAAAUUAUAUUUUUAUACUGAGAGUUCAGUUUCAUGACUUCUCCAUUAAUCCCCAAUUCUUAUAAUAUAUGUUGUUGGAAAUUUGCUCCCUAAUAAGCAUUAUUAAAAGUUGACUGUGAAACAAAUCAUUGGUUUGUGAUUUGCUGCUGAUACUUCCACACCAGAAUGACCAUUUAAUUUUAAAAGAUCCUUACAAUUAUUUCUGUCUUUCCACAGAAGCAUAGGUAGCAAUAUUACGUGUUUCAAUUUCACACAAUUUGAAGCUCAUAUUUAAGGCUUAUUUGCAUCCUACACUCAAAAUUUAUAUUUUAACAUAAGUCUGAAGGUUUCCAUUUGUUAAAAACUUAAACAGGUCUACCACAUCUGAGUACUGGCAUGCUUUGUUCUACAAAUGCACACACACACAGAAAACCUUGGUUAAUUGUAUUUUUGUCAUUAAGACAUGUGCUCAUAGACUGGGGAUGUGCAAAUUUGUUCUUAUUUUAAAAGGAAAGUUACCUGUUAAGAUAAUUAUUUACAGAAUUGCACACAAGAUUGUAAGCUUUUCAGCUAAGCAUGUUUACAUUGUACUUAAUGUUAUGAAAUCUAUAAUAGAUGAUCUUGAGAAAAUAGUAAAAGUAGCUCAGAAAUGUUACAGGCUGUCCAAUAAUAUUCCUUAUGUUUGUACAUUAUAAGUCUUUAAUUUUCUUUAAUUGGUGUUUUCAUGACUUGAUAAUUUAGUAUUUGUAUUGUUGGAUAAUAUACAUACUCUGAAGCAUCAUGAA